AUGACAGAAUUUGGAGAAUUAAAUACUAAUAUUCAGUUAAAUAUUACUGAAUCGUCAUUACCAAGUAGUGGAGUUAUUAGUGGAGCCAGUGACAUUUCAUUAGACUCACCUAAUAGUGAUAACCUUUCAUCGUACAAAAAAAAAACGAAAUGUUUUAAUAACGAGUUCAAGGUAAAAAAGAUUGUUUCAAAAUCACGUUUAGAUGAAAAAAAUACUUCUAAAAUUCAUAGUAAUCCAUUGUCAGAUUUUGAAAAUCAAAUUCAUUCAUUAAAUGAGCAUAAAUAUUGCUCAUCUAGUUCUGAGAAUGAAUUAGGUGGAACAGAAAAGGAUGACUUUCAUUUUAAAAUGAAUAGAAUUGUCUCAAAAAAACGGUUAAAUAAGAUUUCUAAAAUUUCUAUUAAAGAUGUGAAUGAUGAAUGUUACGAAAGCACUUCUGAUGACGAUAAUGAUAAAAAAAUAGUAAAUGAUUGUAUACCAUCUAUGAGAAAUGUAGGAAAAAAUAGAAAAUUUAGAAAACAAAAUUUAUGUGAAAAUGGGAUAAAAUUUACUUCAUCAAAAGAUAAUGAUAAUGUAACUGAUACUGACUCAGAUAAGGAUCCAUUAGAUAUUCUAAGAGUAUUAAAAAAAGGAGCACCUUUAGUUAAAUGUAAUGAAGAAGAUUUAUAA